AUGUCUACUCGGAAGGGUAGGAACCCAGACCUGGACGCUACAAAUCGUACACCGUCGGGCUCUGGACAAGGGGCAGGAAGCGGUGCCACAAGACAGAGCAGUGGCAACACUCCACCAACUCCUACCUGCUCUGCGAUUUCCGAAAACCCCGGCAGUUCGCCUCUUGCGCCAACUUCACAAUUGGGACGCUCUCCUUCACUGAGUUGUGAGCCAGAAUGUCAGCCUCCUCCUGCUACGCCGCAGAAUGCACCAACAAGAUCUUCUUCAAUGGAUCCUUUCAUGCCUGCGCCCGGUCAAGGAAUGACGCUCAGGCGACCCGGAGCAAGAAUGCAACAAGUUCAGUUUCAAAGUCCAUUACAACGCCCUGCGGUCACGGUCAACAACACUGUCAUUCCUGCCUUUCAAUCAAUGGCCGAUGGACCCGCUACUGCCCCGGGGCUUGUCAUGCGCCACCCUUAUGGGAAACUCCAGCAGGGCACGCCAAAGGAGAUGCUCGCAAAGAUGAAGACGAAACGCGACAAGGCUGCUUGGUUCACUGCAGCCCUCACGGCAAUUCGAACGAUUUCUCACGUUCGAGACAAAUUUGCAUUGGAAGUGGAUGAUCUGAUCCAGCAAGAUGAGGAACUUCAAGCAGCGAUACGGGAACAAGUUGCCAAGGAUGAGAUAAGAGACUUUCAAAAGAUCGCUUCAAAAGCAAAGAACAAUCGAGUCAGAUACAUGGAAGCGAGAAAGAGGUUUCUGGAGGGAACCGAUAAAGUGAGGACUAACAAGGCAUCAAUCUUCCCUCCUGGAGAUAAGCAUGAUCGCAAGUUUGACCCGUGGGUUUCAGCAGAAUUCUUUGAUGGAUAUAUCAUUCAAUACCUUGGGAACUCUACUGCCAUGAUUGAUGCCCUGUGGAACGCAAGAAUGGCUUCGAACCUUCGGCACCUUUCCCCACUAGGCAUGAUGAGAAAGAUCAGCUUCUCGUCGCUCCUUCGCCUCGCACGGAUCAAGGGCAGUUAUCACAGUCAACCCUCGCCGCUUCCAAAAGAUGUCAUACGUUUGUAUGAGGAUCCCAGCAUCCUCUUGGACACUAUCGGUCUUCCAAAUGAUCCUCGCAUCCCCGUGGCUGCGAAGACACAUCAUCUGAUGCAAAGAAAUGGAGUCUGGUGGCUUAAUGGAGGUGAACCACCCAAUGCCUAUAACCUGGUUAAAAGUGAAGGGUGGCCGUUUGGCAAAGUUGAAAGAAUCAGCUGGGCAGAGCAAAAGGUCAUUGAAGGAAAGAAUCCGACUGCACCAGCUAAAACGAAAGACAGAAAGAAGGAUGAAGGCAAAGGCAAAGGCAAAACCCAAGAGAAGCAGCAAGCACCAGCUAAAACGCAAGACAGAAAGAAGGAUGAAGGCGAAGACAAAGGCAAACCCCAAGAGAAGCAGCAAGCACCAGCUAAAACGACAGACAGAAAGAAGGAUGAAGGCGAAGACAAAGGCAAAACCCAAGAGAAGCAGCAAGCACCAGCUAAAACGACAGACAGAAAGAAGGAUGAAGGCGAAGACAAAGGCAAACCCCAAGAGAAGCAGCAAGAUGAAGGGAAAGGCAAGGAAGGACAGGGCGAAGCUAUAUAUAACAAUAAUGAGAGAGGUGGUCAGCUCGUACAGCCACAACCCUGCACUAGCAUCUCAGCUCCAAAUCUUUCACCGCCGCUUCCGGCUUUCCCAACCACCCCAAAGCCCGGAUGGACUGACUCGGAGGCACAAAAGAAAUGGCAACAGACCGUCGCAGAGGGAAUGGCUGAACGGCGCCUGGCAAUUGAGAAACUUGACCAAGCAGUGCAGGAUCGGGCCGUUUAUGUCAAGCAACUCAUCGGACGCAAGCGGAGUCGUUCCAUUCCCACAGAUAUUCGAACUCCGACGGAUGGAGUGAGUCCUAUUGCAAAGAGGGUGCAGAUGACCGUGAACGAGAAAGCUUUGGAUGACACCAAGGUGGCUGUCAUCAACCAUGGCGCCCUGCAGAAUGCAACUCCGGUCAUACAAGAGGUACCUUUUGACGAGAAGAACCCUAUUACAGAUCCAAAUCCCGUUCAACAAUUCGCCUGGGAUCUCAUUGUCAAGUGGUGCAAGGCCGUCAGCAGUAAUAUCGGUCGCGCUGAUGUGAAUGCCGAGGAGGCAGCAAAAAUCUCCAUGUUUGGGGUUGACAAGAUUGCUACGGCGUUUCAAGAAUUGAGCGAAAGGUUUACAGUACAGCCUCCUGCCAUCGUGAGCCUCCAGUGCUGGGCUGUGCUUGCCCGAGUCUACAGUAUGGAGCGUGCAGACAUGGAAACGGACCAUUCGACCAUGCGCCAGGUUCGAGAAUCUCUCCACCUAUUUCACUGGCACCAUCGAGGAGAUGGAUAUCGCCUUCGAGGUGGAUCUAUCAAUAGCGGCGGGGGCUGUUACAUCGAUGUCCAAACGCUUCAGUGUCUACUCAUCAGUUCUAUUCCAGGAAUGAAUGGAUGGUUGAACACUGACACUGUCCUCGCUGGCAUUGCCGCGGGUCGCAAGCAUGUUCUCGAGGACGGGUUUUGGGUUGUUUCGCCCGAUCAAUUUGAAAAUUUCAUAUCCUCUAGAACGGUCCCCUCCUCCUGGCCUUGUGAUGAGAAAGUCCGCACGUUUAUCCCGGUGUUCACUAAGAAUCAUUGGUGGUUGAUGUAUCUUGAUCCGUUUGCCGAGGUUGUGUACGGAAUGGACUCUCUCUACCCUCGAACUUCCCGCACCCUUGAAGUGAGGAGAGUUCUCAAAUUACUCGGCAAAUUGCACCCUGGAGCGAAUUGGGCAUUUAAAAACGUUCGGUGCACACAACAGAAGAAUCACUACGACUGUGGUAUGUUCGUGAUUUACAAUGUCAGGCACAUUAUGGACCAUGGCGUCAACAAUCUGGACGACUUGGAGGUUACUUUGGCUCAUCGAAUUGCGCUGGUCCAAGAUAUAAGCGCUGCCAUCAACCGGGAAGAGGCUGUACCGGUGGAUUGGAACAGGAGACUGGUGAAGGUAAAGGCAGAACUUCCGCCCAUCUCGACGGGCCAAUUCAUUGUGGAUUUUGAGGAAAGUAUCGUGAUUGAAUAG